GGGGUGAGGAAGAAGGGAUUUAUUUAGGGUGGGGUGGCAUCGUGGCGAUCUGGAAAAAUCCACCAAAGCUGGUAACUGACAAAGGGGGUGGAGGGGCGAAGCGAUAUGAGUGAAUAGUGGUACAAAAUCUGGGAAUAAGAGCACGGAGGGGGAGGAGCUCACGCUUUUCGGCCCCACCCCCACCGCGUGUCUGUCCCAGGUUUCAGAAUUCGCCCCAGAUUGGCAGGCAGGGCUGUUCGUGGAAAGGGCACGGCUUUGGAGUCCCGGCUCUCCUCGACUACAGAUCUUGUGCAAGCCGCUGAAGGUCUCUGAGACUCAGUUUCCUCAUCUGUACAAUGGGAAUUCUAAUGCUUACAAGGGGGAAGGUUAAGCCACGCCGGAGCUAACGUCUAAGAAAUCUGUGAUCAGCGAAAAAUCUUCAAGGCAGAGUUGCAGUGGCAGCUUUGAGAGUUGGACACCCAGGUCCCUGAAGUGAUCUCUAGGCUCCAGCCCCAAUCUGCCACCAUUCCGUGCUGCAGGGACACCAUGGCUCCGGAGGAAGACGCUGGAGGGGAGUCCCUAGAGGGCAGUUUCUGGGAGGCCGGCAACUACAGGCGGACGGUGCAGCGGGUGGAGGACGGCCAUCGACUGUGUGGGGACCUGGUCAACUGCUUUCAGGAGCGUGCCCGCAUCGAGAAGGCCUAUGCCCAGCAGCUGGCUGACUGGGCCCGCAAGUGGAGGGGCACCGUGGAGAAAGGCCCCCAGUAUGGCACGCUGGAGAAGGCCUGGCAUGCCUUCUUCACCGCGGCUGAGCGGCUGAGCGCGUUGCACCUGGAGGUGCGGGAGAAGCUGCAGGGACAGGACAGUGAGCGGGUGCGUGCCUGGCAGCGAGGGGCCUUCCACCGGCCGGUGCUGGGUGGCUUCCGUGAGAGCCGGGCUGCUGAGGACAGCUUCCGUAAGGCCCAGAAGCCCUGGCUGAAGAGGCUGAAGGAGGUUGAGGCUUCCAAAAAGAGCUACCACGGAGCCCGGAAGGAAGAGAAGACAGCCCAGACUCGGGAGAGCCACGCAAAGGCCGACAGUGCGGUCUCCCAGGAACAGCUGCGCAAGCUGCAGGAGCGGGUGGAACGCUGCACCAAGGAGGCCGAGAAGAUGAAAACCCAGUAUGAGCAGACGCUGGCAGAGCUGCAUCGCUACACGCCACGCUACAUGGAGGACAUGGAGCAGGCCUUUGAGACCUGCCAGGCUGCUGAACGCCAGCGGCUUCUCUUUUUCAAAGAUAUGCUGCUCACCUUACACCAGCACCUCGACCUCUCCAGCAGUGAGAGGUUUCAUGAGCUCCACAGAGACCUGCAUCAGGGUAUUGAGGCAGCCAGUGACGAAGAGGAUCUGCGCUGGUGGCGCAGCACCCACGGACCAGGCAUGGCCAUGAACUGGCCACAGUUUGAGGAGUGGUCCUUGGACACACAGAGGACAAUCAGCCGGAAGGAGAAGGGUGGCCGGAGCCCUGAUGAGGUUACUCUGACCAGCAUCGUGCCCACAAGGGAUGGCGCUGCACCCCCACCUCAGUCCUUGGGGUCCCCAGGUGGUGGGCAGGAUGAGGACUGGUCAGAUGAGGAGAGUCCCCGGAAGGCUGCCACUGGGGUGCGGGUGCGAGCGCUCUAUGACUACGCUGGCCAGGAAGCUGAUGAGCUGAGCUUUCGAGCAGGGGAGGAGCUGCUGAAGAUGAGCGAGGAGGAUGAACAGGGCUGGUGCCAGGGCCAGCUACAGAGUGGCCGCAUUGGCCUGUACCCUGCCAACUACGUGGAGUGUGUGGGGGCCUGACCGCCCCGACAGCCCUUCUGCAACAUCUCUACCCUGAGCCAGAGCCAUGCAUUUCCUGGACAGCCGGACCUGAGGGCCCUGAACCAUUGUGUCCCUGCUGCCCCUCUGUCCCUUCAGGAGGAAGUCCUGGAACCCAGGGAGAGGAGGGUCACUGUAUAGGAAGGGAUUGGUAGGGAAGGGCCAACUGAGUCUAGGCUGAGGGUAAGAUGGGGAGGUCAGGAGGUGACAAGAGGGCUCCCCAGGAACGCUUUAGUCACCCAGGAGCUGUGGACCCAGUUCCUGGUCUGUUUUGGGGUUCCUGGGGUGGGCUUGGGCUGAGUGUAGUUCUGGGCUAGCAGCACUCUCUUGUGGCUUGUUCUAAUGUGUAUUAAACUUUAAACUUGGAAAACAAACGAACAAAAAGCA